AUGGAAACCAUGGACGAAGAAUUCCCGCUCUUGCUACCUGACGGAACCGCUGCGGUGUCGCUGCCUGGGCAUGACGAUCAUUGCUGGAUCGUGGAAGCCAGCACGUGCAAUUCCGAUGCUGCAACUUGGACGUUUGGCAUACAGCCCGGCAACUUCGGGCGCCAUCUCUGCCUGCAUCGCUUCAAGCUAUGGUGGCUCAAGCCGUCUCACGGCCACUCUGGUCUUGACAUCCCCCCUGAAACGGCACUGUUCUUGGCAGAGAUGCAACCGCAGCAGCAGCAGCAGCAGCAGCAGUACGUUGCCCUACUUCCUGUCAGCGACACCCACGCACGUGCGAGCCUGCAUCGUGCGGGUGACGACUCGUCGAACGGCGAAGGGUUAAGUCCAUCGGGUGCUGCGGUAGACGAAGAUUCCCCGUCGGCUCUAGCCGUGUCCGCAGACACGGGAGACCCCGCAACCCUCUUGCCGGACACGCUGGGCGUGCUGUUGGUGGCGACGGGGCCAGACCCUUUCCGGCUUGUGCAGAGACUGGUGCGGGAGGCCACCGAUCGGUUGAGCACGCAACUGGUGUCACUGAAGGAGGGGGCCAGAUCCGCAACUGUUGCCGAGAGGGUUGACCCGGGUGCUUGUGGUGAGGACCGGGGUUCGUGCGAUGAUGAGGGCAAGGGGCGACCGGUGGCUUCUUUCGUGGACAGCUUGGGGUGGUGUACGUGGGACAGCUUCUACACCAUGGUCACACCGGAAGGUGUGCUCGAAGGGUUGUCAACGCUACACGAGGGUGGUGUGCGGCCUCGGUGGGUAGUCAUCGAUGAUGGCUGGCAGCGAACGACCAACGACGACGCGCUCAACACGGAGCAGUGGGACGAGCGGCUGGUGGGGCUCGAGGCCAACAAACGAUUCAGGCGGUUCGACGAGAAAGGGAAGCUGCUGCUCGACCUCGGCGAUACGGUGGGGAAGAUGAAGCGAGACUUUGGUGUAGAGCGAGUGCUAGCGUGGCACGCCAUGGCGGGUUAUUGGGCGGGCGUGGAGCCCGAGGCGAGCGAAAUGGUGCCCUUCGACCCCCUCGUAGCCAAGCUGCUAGCGCCGGAAGGAAUACAGGAGGUCGAUCCCGAGAUGCAGCCGGAGCUAGACCAUAAGAGGUUCGGGAUGGUGAGGCUCGGCAACGUGGAGGCAUUCUACAGGGCCUAUCACGGAUACCUUAGAGAUAACGGGGUCGACGGGGUUAAGGUGGACGCACAGUCGAUUCUGGACUGCAUGGGCGGAGGCAAUGGAGGCGUUCCGGCGGUUACAAAGGCGUAUCACGAGGGGCUGGUUCAGUCUGUGCAGGCCACUUUCAAGGAAGGGGGUCGGCCCGCGGCGCUGAUCCACUGCAUGUGCCACGCGCCCUCGGUGCUGUUCCAUAUCGCUUGCGUGUCCGAGGACCGCGCGGUUAUCCGGGGAUCGGACGACUUCUAUCCCCGGGAGGACCUCAGCCACGGCCCCCACCUCUAUUCCAACUCCUUCAACGCGCUGCUCCUCUCCAACCUGGGCGUGCAGGAUUGGGACAUGUUUCAGACCGGCCUCGGCGUUCAGGGUACCGGAGACGCCGCAGGGGCAGCUGGACUCAGCGAGGGGGCCAACGCAAGCUGGUUUCAUGCGGCCGCGCGGGCGAUAAGCGGUGGGCCCGUCUACGUGUCUGAUCGACCGGGGCAGCACAACGCGGACAUCCUACGGAAGCUCGUGCUCGAGGACGGCUCGGUCCCGAGAGCUAGCACCAACGCGCUCCCGACUCUAGACUGCCUCAUGAGAGACCCUCAGGAGGAAGGCGGCGGGCUCCUUCAAGUUUGGGCGCUCAAUCCGCUUGCAGGCACCGGCGUGGUCGGCAGCUUUAACGUCCGGGGCGCCAGCUUCAGCCAGUCCGAACGCGCCUGGGUUAGGGCCGGACGGGACGACGAGGCCCGGGGCGGCGGUGCAGUCGAGGGCACUGUGUCCCCCUCCGACGUGCACGCCUUCCGCAUCACGAAACCCCACGCUGAUCGCGCUGGGGGGGCCGGAGAAAUGCCGCCGGCACCGGGGGAUGGGGUCGAGGAGAAUGAAGACGAGACACGUUGCUGCUUCGCGCUGUACCUGCACCGACGGCGGGAGACCCGCGUGGUUAGCCUGCUCGAGGCCGUGGCGAUCGAGGUCCUCCCGCUGAGCUACGAGCUUGCGACGUUCUCGAGGGUGAUCGGCCUCCGCUUGCCGCCUCUCGGCAUCAGCACAAGCGGAGAGCAGCAGCAGGGGUCGUCUGCUGCCGACGUGGUAGAAAGUAGAGAUGGUGAUCGUCCAGGAUACGACGCGCAAGAGGACACGGUGAGAUGGGCUAUCCUCGGGCUCUCGGACAUGUUCAACUCUUCGGCCGCCGUGUCGGCGCAGGAGCCAUUUCAACGCGGGGCAACAACUCGGAGCAGCGGCGUAGAGUGCGAUGGGGGAAUGGUUCCCGGGGUGGCGGUCUACGUCAAGGGCAGCGGGAAGUUUUUGGCGGUGGCCAGCCGGCAGCCUUCGCGCGUGACCCUUGGCGGGGUAGGGGGCGACGGAGCGGUUGGGUCGGCAGGCCUGGAGCAGGGCGUCAUUCACCGCGAAGAUGGCCGUGACGAUAGUGGCCGUGCUGGUGGUAGCGGUGAUGUCACCGUUCUCGAUGCCUCUUUUUCGGCCCUGUGUGCGGCAACGCCCGAUGGGCCGCCAUCAACGGCGUUGUCGGUGGGAGGGGGAAGGGCAGGCUUGGGGUUGGUGGAAGUUGUCAUCCCGGGCCCUUGGGACGGCCGGGAGAGACAGCUGACGUUUUGGUGGCAUUAG